AUUUUUAAGAAUUUAUUACUUGUCGUGUGUUGUCGCCUCUGCGAGCUGUCCGGUGGCUCUCCAAUCCUCCCAGCUGGAAAGAGAUGAGUAGUCCCGAUGCGGGUUACGCCAGCGACGAUCAGACCCAGGGAAGGUGUACGCUGUCAGUCAUGAUGCCUGGAAUGGGACACUGCCAGUGGGCCGACCCUCUCAGUCCUCUUGGGGACACCAAAGUAAAAAACGAGCCGUGCGCGUCCAGCUCCGGCAACCAGAAUCGCGGGAAGAGCGAACCUCGGAUCCGACGGCCCAUGAACGCGUUCAUGGUCUGGGCAAAGGAUGAGCGCAAGAGGCUGGCGCAGCAAAACCCGGACCUGCACAACGCAGAGCUGAGCAAAAUGUUGGGGAAAUCAUGGAAAGCCCUUCCUAUAACAGAAAAGCAGCCUUUUGUGGAGGAGGCCGAACGGCUGCGAGUUCAGCACAUGCAGGACCACCCCAACUACAAGUACCGGCCCAGGCGACGAAAGCAGGUGAAGAGGAUUAAGAGGCUGGACUCUGGCUUUCUGGUCCACGGUGUGUCUGAUCAUGCAGCCUCAUCGAUGCCUGGGGAGAGCAGAGUGUGUGUGGACAAUCUUGGCAUUGGCUACCAUGAGCAUGGCUUCCAGGUUCCUCCCCAGCCGCUCAGUCACUACCGUGAUGCUCAGGCUCUUGGAGGCCCCUCUUAUGAAACCUACAGCCUGCCCACGCCUGACACCUCUCCUCUGGACGCUGUGGAGUCAGACUCCAUGUUCUUCCCUCCACAUUCACAAGAGGAUUGUCACAUGAUGCCUGCAUACCCAUACCACUCACAAGCAGCAGAAUUUCAGCCCCAGGACCCCCUUUCGAACCACCACAGCAACGCCAUCAUGCACAGACACCCAGCCCCAGCUUCAGAGCAACCCCCUCAGCCGGCCGCGCUCCCCCCUUCAUACAUGGGGUGCCCCAAUCCUCUAGCCAUGUAUUACACCCAGCACUGCAGCCCCAGUCACACCAAACGGCACCCUGGUGGAGCAGGACAGCUCUCCCCACCUCCUGACGCUCACCCUCACUCAGCAGACGGCGUGGAGCAGAUGCACCACUCUGACCUGAUAGGUGAGGUGGACCGCAGCGAGUUUGAGCAGUAUUUGAGUUCCUCUUCAGCGCGUGCGGACAUGACAGGCUUGCCAUACGGGCCACAUGAGGCUGGCAUGCAAGGACCUGAAAGCCUCAUAUCAUCAGUGCUGUCAGACGCCAGCACAGCUGUGUAUUACUGUAGCUACAACAACUCCUAACCUCCUGCCCGGCCUGUUACCCAGCCACAAGGACACAUGCUCUGACCUCAAAUCUCUGUAGCUAAAUUUGAACAAAAAUGUUAUUAUUUUUUUAUUUUUUUACUACUGAAACAGGAGGUUUAGGAGGUUGUGAACCCAGCUUUGUACUGUACAAGAACAGUUAAUAAAGCCAUACAAGAUUUUAGUAGGAACACUGGUUUGAACUUUUCUCUUCCUCUCUUGCAGGGAUAUGAACUCGUUUUGUGAUGAUAAAUAUUGUACAGUCACUAUUUUAAGAUUUAUGUAUAUACUGAAUUUUUUUUAAUACUUUUGCACUUUUGAGAAAUAAAUGUUUGCCAACA